ACUAGCGCCGUCUUUUUGUGUUCGGCUUCACUUCAGCAGGCUUAAAAACAGCUUUUCAGCCACUUCAAAGUCUAACGAGAAUAGACUUCUGAGAAACAUGGCAGUAGUCAACGAAGGCAUGCUGAAGAAAAUGCUAAAGCAAUACAAAUAUAGAGAUUUGACUGUUCGAGAAUUAACUAAUGUCAUCUCCCAAUACAAGGAUCUGAAACCUGUUAUGGAUGCUUAUGUCUUUAACGAUGGCUCUUCGAGAGACUUGAUGAGUUUGACAGGGACUGUCCCUGUGAGCUACAGAGGUAAUGUCUACAACAUCCCAGUGUGUUUGUGGCUGCUGGACACAUACCCCUACAACCCUCCUAUAUGUUUUGUUAAACCAACCAGUACCAUGAUGAUUAAAACUGGCAAGCACAUUGAUGCUAAUGGCAAAAUUUAUUUGCCUUACCUACAUGAGUGGAAACAUCCUCAGUCGGACCUGUAUGGCCUGAUUCAGGUGAUGAUCGUUGUGUUUGGAGAGGAGCCCCCGGUGUUUUCCCGCCCUACCACUCAAGGCUCCUUUCCCAACUAUCAAGCAGCUGGACCCCCUAAUUCCUCCUAUAUGCCUGGCAUGCCUGCAGUCUCACCCUACGGUCCCAAUGCUAACCCUGGAGGUUACCCAGCUUACCAGUACCCAGGAGGAAACGCUUACCCCACCACUGCUGGACCUGGACACUACCCCGCCCAGCCUCCUGUCUCCACUGCAGGUCCUAGCAGAGAUGGCACCAUUGGUGAGGACACCAUCCGCGCAUCUCUGAUUUCAGCUGUGAGCGACAAACUUCGCUGGAGAAUGAAGGAAGAGAUGGACAGAGCUCAGGCAGAGUUGGAUGCGCUUAAACGGACCGAGGAGGACCUGAAGAAAGGUCACCAAAAGCUGGAGGAGAUGAUCUCAAGACUUGAUCAGGAAGUGGCUGAAGUUGACAGAAACAUUGACCUGCUGAAGAAAAAGGAUGAAGAAUUAAGUGACGCUUUGGAGAAAAUGGAGAACCAGUCGGAGAACAAUGAUAUAGAUGAUGUCAUUGUGCCCACAGCUCCUCUGUACAAACAGAUCUUGAACCUGUAUGCUGAAGAGAAUGCAAUCGAGGAUACGAUCUUCUAUCUGGGAGAAGCUCUUCGCAGAGGUGUCAUCGAUCUGGAAGUUUUCCUCAAGCACGUACGCCUUCUGUCCAGAAAACAGUUCCAGCUUCGUGCUCUCAUGCAGAAAGCUCGCAAGACUGCUGGCCUCAGUGACCUUUACUGACCCACGCUGACAACAUGGAAACGUGCAUAUCUUCACACUCUUACUCUUCUUCCAGCUGUUCUCUUUUUACUGUCAUCGUGUAAAUCAACCAGCUGGCUUUUUGUAAAAACGAACAAAGACGGAACGUUUUUAAAGAAUUUUGAACUAUUUGGGUGUCACCUGUGUUGUGGUUGGCACUAUAAAGCGUCACAAACACAGUCCAGAUGUGGAAAUAAUUACUUUCGUGCCCUAAUAUUGUAUAGAAGCUCCACCACCUUUGUGAUUCAGGUAGUGUGGUUAACGAACUGUGAGACACACACAUGCCAAAUUGGUCAAAUUUAAGUGCAAGUCCAAUGUGUGUAUGCAAAACUUUUGAGUGUUUAGGCUGUAGUUGUUGUUCACACUGGGUUUGUGUGUUAACUUGUAAACAACAUCCUUCCCCGAUCAGUUUUACUUUACUGGACAAACGUAUUUGGCCAGUCGGCACAAAUGGCAAAGAUGAAGAUUUGAGGGGCUUCGAGUAGGACUGCUCAAGUUAGCCAACUUCAGUGGGAAAUGUUUGAAGUAAAUACCCACAUAAACUGACGGGUCCAACCUCAGGAUUUGUGAAUUCUUGUUCAGUCGUCUUGGAGUCAAAGGGAUUAUUUCUUUGUGGUUGAGGUGAUGACAAACAUGGACCCCUACCUGUUUAAUUUGGGUAAAACUACCCCCAGACUACACAUUAUGCCCAGUGUGCUCCUGCUGGAUGAUCUGAGCUGGUGUUUUUUGUUUCCGUCAGCGGCUCAGGCUAAUUUUUCUGUCUUGAUUGUUUUAAUCAGUCAGUAAAGUAAAAUAGCUGUUUCACUCUGUACAGUCUUGGCAUAUUUGAUUCUAAGAUAUAACAAAGGCUCUCUAAUUGUAUUUUGUUUUACAGUUUUGCGCUAUCCACUCCUGCUCAGUCCUGCUGAGAACGUUGGGUUGUCAUUUAGUGUAGGGGGUGAAAUUUAUGAUUAAAGCUGUGGGCUAGAGGGUAUAAAAAAAAAAAAACUAUCAAACUAAUAUGUUAACUUAUAUAUUUUGUUUCUUAUAGCAGCCUUUUUUACUAAAUGCACUUUGAAUUGUAUGAUAGAAUAUCAGCUUUUUUCCUCGUUUUCAAUUCAGCCACAGACCACCUGUUCUUUUAUAUCUAUAGAUUUAUGUAAAGUGGUAUAAACAAAUAAAGCAAUCUGGUUUCAUGAGUUAUUUGAUCUUUUUAACAUGGUUUUGUGACUGGUUGUGCAUUAAAGGAGAAAAAAUAUGAA